AUGGUUCUAGGAGUAGUGUGUGGCAUACGAAAAGAAUACACGACACUGGGAAAGUGGUUAAAGGCAUGAGUUCGUUCAACUUUGAUUUGAUUUUUGACUCCCACCUGUAGUUAUACCGCAACAGGCCGCGCGAUCUUCACCGAUCUGGUACACUUGAAAUGUUCCUUGUAUCUUUGCUUUACGAUCGUAUAUGUUUAAGAAUUGAUGUUUUUAAAAUAAAUUAUUGCCUAAAUAUUCUGUUCAUAAUCUAGUUUCCUUAUGUGUGCUACUCGAUAACAUUUGUUUUGCGGAACACUGACCCGAUGCAACGCGAAUGAAUUUGUUCAUUUGCUGAUAAGCAAUUGAAAUUUAUGCUCAAUUAAGGAUAAUCUUUAUACUCAUACGUUGUGUGUUUUUGUCACCGGUCCGGCGCUAUUUGUAGGUAUUUCUGGGUUUAUAUAAGGCGAACCGAGAGAACAGUAAUAAGAUGUUUGUUUACAAAUUUUGUUUGCCGAUCGGUGACUGUUUUGUUAGCGUGGGUACGACCUCGUAAAAAUACACGUUGGUAAAUGUUUGUUUCAAAGCAGGACAGGGCUGUAAAUCUUAUUCUUAUCGGCUGCAACAUAUAUCUGAGGAGUAGCAAAGAAUAAAAUUGAAUUAUGGGGAUAAAUAAAAUCAAACCAAAUGCCCGGAAAUACUCUCGCGUCGCGAACAAUUAAUUUGAAUUUUGUAAAUUUACUUGCGUGCAUCUAACUCGCUUCCGAUUGAUUGAAAAACAAUCAGCUACUGUCAGAACUCACACAUGCGCAUUAUCGUGAACCAGUCCCUUUAACUACUCUUUUUCUCUAGUCUUUCUUGUGAUCUAUCUGUAUAUGUAUUACAUACGUGUAACCACUGUUCGCCUCCACUAGCUAACCUGCUAACUGCGGGCAGUGGAUAUUGUUUUCUGUAUUGCUUUCUUUGUGAUAAUUAUAAACAAUUAAAACAGUUAAAUUGAUCUUUUCUAGAAUGUCUGUGAGAACAACCCUUAUAAGUCUGUGUUAAGAAAUACGGAAUAAAAUGUUGUACUGGACCACGUUCCAAAAACAGAAUAUUAUAAAGGAGGCUUUCUCAUACAGAGGAGGAAUGCUGUGGAAUUCAUUACAAAACGACAUAAAAGCGUCCUAAUCUAAAGCUAUCUUUAAAAGAAAACUGGCUAGUAGGCAGGCAAACUGUUGACUAUAUUUUACUAUAUUUUAUUAUUUGUACAUAUUUUUAGUGUAGUUGUACAGUAUUUACUUCUGUUUCUAUACGGCUUUCAUGUAAAGAAGUUAAUAUGUAACUUACGAAAUUACCGUAUUCAAAUAAAAGUGAAUCAAUCAAUCAAUAUCGAUCGAUCGAUCUAUCUAUCUAUCUAUCUAUCUAUCUAUCUAUCUAUCUAUCUAUCUAUCUAUCUAUCUAUCUAUCUAUCUAUCUAUCUAUCUAUCUAUCUAUCUAUCUAUCUAUCUAUCUAUCUAUCUAUCUAUCUAUCUAUCUAUACCCAAUUCGAUUUCCGCUUUCUUCUAGCUCGGUGUCUCACGCUUUUAAUCAGCGUUUACCAUUGUAUGGAAAACCAGGAUAUUCCGACGAGAAUUCAA